CGAGAAUCAACCUGAUCAAAAUGGCUUCCAUUUCAGCGAUGUCGACCUCGGUGCUCCUGAGCACACGCCCCAGCGUUGCCCGUCCGGGCGUGCAGCGACCGGCCCCAAGGAGGCUUGCUCCUCUGCGGGCGAACCCCUUCAUCGGCGAGGUCAACGAUCCCGAGAAGACCAAGAAGAACAAGGAGAAGAAGGACCACGACAGCGUUUGGGCAGAGCCCAAGAACAACAACCCCUUGGAGAAGACCACACUGUCGCGCGAGGGCUUUGGCAAGCAGUCAAAGCAGAUGAAGGAUGAGCAAGAGGUCAACAAGUUCACAGAGGGCGUGAAGGACGCAGCAGACAAUGUGAAAGAGGGUGUGAAGGAUGCAGCAGACAAGGUGGCAGAUGCUGCCAAGAAGGCCACUGGCCAGAAGUGA